AUGCGUGUGCGAUUCAUUCUGUGUGCUGUCCCAACAAUUAUCGCUGGAUUUGUCAAUGGUAUCUCGACUGCAGGCACUGUCGACCUUGACAUGCUCGCAUCUCCACAUGACGUCGUCCAAAAUUCUGCUGCUGCUGUUGACCAUGCCACCAACAACGCUCACCGACUACUGAGAAAACAUGAACCCACCCACGAUGGUGCCGAGCUGGAAAAAUAUUCAGGAAAUGAAGAGAGAGAUCUUUGGGGAGCAUUUAAAGGAUUGUUGAGCAGAUAA